UCCUAUAUAAAAUUAAUUAAUCAGUUGUGUUAGAAAUGGUCUGUCGUCUGUGCUUCCCUUUUCCAAAGUGUAAAAAUAUCUUGAUGGCGUCAUCCACUACAUCAUGCCAUCAAAGAUAUUUUCCCCCCUCCGAUUAUAAGCAGAGAAGAGAAAGGGUCCUACCUUGUACAUAAUUGUUGACGUAAAUGGCCACUACAAACGCUACCACUGGUUCCAACCCACCACAGCCGCCGCCGCCCUCUCCUCUGCCACUGCAAGACCGAGUGGCCAUAGUCACAGGCUCCUCCCGCGGCAUUGGCAAGGCCAUAGCCAUUCACUUGGCGUCACUGGGUGCAAAACUCGUCAUCAAUUACACUUCUAACAAAGACCAGGCUGAUCUUGUAGCCAGUGAAAUUAAUUCAUCUCCUUCUCUCAACAAGAAUAGUAGCACACAAGCCAUUGUGGUCCAAGCUGACGUAUCAGAGCCUGCACAGGUGAAGUUGUUGUUCGAUGAAGCUGAGAGGGUGUUUGAAUCGCAGGUUCAUAUAUUGGUUAAUUCAGCUGCUAUUACCGACACCAAGUACCCUACGUUUGCCCACACAUCUGUAGAGGAUUUUGAUCGCAUUUUCAGUGGCGUGUUAAGCGUAAAAUGCAGAGGCGCGUUCUUAUGCUGCAAAGAGGCGGCAAACAGGCUAAAAAGGGGAGGAGGGGGAAGAAUCAUACUGAUAUCAAGUUCAUUAGUUGCUAAACUGAAGCCAAAGAUAGGAACAUACACGGCAUCAAAAGCAGCAGUAGAGACAAUGACAAAAAUACUAGCGAAAGAACUGAAAGGGACUGGGAUCACUGCAAAUUGUGUGGCACCGGGUCCUAUUGCAACUGAGAUGUUUUUCACUGGGAGGAGUGAGGAGUAUGUGGAGAGUGUGAUCGACGAAUGCCCUCAGGGCAGGCUUGGUGAGCCCAGGGAUGUGGCUCUUCUUGUUGGGUUCUUGGCUACCGAUGGCAGUGAAUGGGUGAGCGGUCAAGUCAUUCGUGCUACUGGUGGCACUGUUUAGGAAUGGUAUUAUUAUGCCUUUAUGGAACGGAAUGGAAUGUGUCGUUGUUUGUGUACCUUUUUAAAUAUAUAAAUAAAAUCGUCAUCUCUUGUUUUUUUUUU